AUGAAUUUAGAACUUUUAGAAGCGUUUCACCAAAAUUAUCCAGAAGCUGCAGAUGGUUACUUAGAACGAAUUAAGAAAGAUGAUGGAAGCAAAGAUGCUGGCUGUGCCACUUAUGCAAUCACAUUGCAGUUCAAUAGAGUUGGAAGUCUCUUAGCUAUUGGAUGCAAUGAUGGGAGAAUAGAAAUUUGGGAUCAUGUCACAAGGCGUAUCUCCAAAGUCUUGGUAGCACAUGCACACCCAGUUUGUUCCUUAAGUUGGAGUAGAGACAGCAAAAAACUUCUAAGCGCUUCUACCGACAAUACAAUUUCUAUUUGGAACGUACUAUCCAGUGCUUGUGAGCAAACAUUUCAAUUUCCUUGUCCCGUGAUGAAGGUUCAAUUCAAUGCAAGGAAACCAGAUCAACUACUUGUUUGUCCGAUGCGACAUGCCCCAGUAGUUAUCAGUGUUCCAAGUGGUGUUCCAACUAUCAUACAACCUGAAGAUGAAAAUGAUCUUAGUAUUGUUGCUUCAUAUGAUCGUCGUGGUCGUUAUAUUUAUACUGGAAAUUCAAAAGGCAAAGUAUGUAUAUAUGAAACGAACGAUUUCCAAUUGAUCAGUUCAUUUAAAUCCUCUACUUCAGCAGCAAAUGCUGCUAUUAAAUCAAUAGAAUUUGCUAGACGUGGAGAAUAUUUCCUAUUGAAUUGUGCUGAUCGAGUAAUCCGAGUGUAUAAUUGUGAAGAUGCAUUGAAUGCAAAUGUUACAGAUCCGGAACCGAUAAAAAAGUUGAAAGAUCUUGUAACUGGGAGUCAUUGGAGAAAAUGUUGUUUUUCUGGUGAUGGUGAAUAUAUUUGUGCUGGUUCAAUGAAACAACAUUCAAUUUAUUUAUGGGAACGUACAAGUGGAACUUUAGUGAAAAUUUUACAUGGACAAAAAGGUGAAACAUUAUUAGAUGUUGUAUGGCAUCCAUUAAGACCAAUUAUUGUUUCAAUAUCAAAUUCUGUUACAAAAGAACAAGUAUCUAUAUGGGCACAAACACAAGUGCAAAAUUGGUCAGCUUUUGCACCAGACUUUAAAGAACUUGACGAGAAUGUGGAAUAUGAAGAGCGAGAGUCCGAGUUCGAUAUUGAAGAUGAAGAUAAAAUGAUUGAAGAAAAUAAGAAUAACGAUGAAGAAGAGGAUGUUGAGAUUGAUAUUGAAACUAUGGAACCGGUACAAGCUUUAUUAAGCAGUGAUGAAGAUGGAGAAUGUGAAGAUAUUCUAAUGUAUUUAUCAAUUUCACCAGAAGUUGAUAAUCCUGAUGAUUUAUCCGGUGGUGAAGAAUCUGUCAGUACACAAAAUUCUGAACGACCUACAACAACAACAACCAGUACAACUACAACAACUGGUUUGCAAAAUAGAAAACGUCCUGAUUCUCCAUCAAUUCAAUCGACUGGUCCAUUAUCGAAACAUUCAAAAUCAUUAGAUCCAAAUCAAUCUGUAUCAACACCUCCGACAGUUUCAAUUCAUUUACCCGGUGCACAAACUGACGAGGUUCAUCCAUUGAUUAGUAGUCGUAAAUCAUCAGUGAGUAAAUCCAUCUCCAGCGCUAAUCAUCAUCAUCAUCAUCAUCAUUCUCAUCAUCAACAACAUGAUUCAUCAUCUAUUAAAUUGCAUUCAAGUCAAUCAUUAUUGAAUAAUAAUAAUAAUUCCACAACCUAUGGAUUGAAUAAUUCACGUAAAAAUAAUACACGUCAACGUGAUCGUGUAAAAUCAAGAAAAUAA